UUGAAGUCAAAUGCCCAACUACCAACGUCCACCUCUUCGAUUCACCAGCACCUUCAGCCUCUAGUAACAGCAAACACUCGAAAGGCCAAAGAUGUAGCCAAAGAUGUAGUUCUGUGCGAGAUCGAGCCAAUUCUAUCUUUCACUAGAUAUCUGUAAUACGACUUUUCGCGGUCGAGGCCAUUGCGAUCAUCUAGUCUGGUGCGAGCGAGCAAAAUUUCACGCCCGCCAUUGAGGCGCAACCACAGCCGCUCUCACACGGAAAGACAACAUCAACCAAAUCUCACGCACAGAGACCCUGCGUUGACAUUCGUCUGUACAUUUUCAACCCACUUUACUCACGACACAUUCUGCAAGACCAUAAUUUCGCCCAAACGACCUUUCCUGCUCCUGGUCGCAUCCCACUCUCGUCCCUUCCUUCACAAUUGCCUCCAUUGCGCCUGGAUCAUCGAGCAGCUUAGAGGAUGCCUUUCCUUCCUAGAACAUGCUGAAGCCAUUACCACAACAUAGAGCAUCGCCUGCUACUUCACCUAUCUUCCACUAUGCGCCGACUUCGCACUCGCUUCCAUCGUCGCCAUUAUCUAGAAGAAACUCCAGCUCCAGGUCGCAGGGCUCUGUCGCAUACCGCACCCCACCACAACGAGCGCAAGCACGAUAUGUGGACGCUGCGACACAGUGGAGUCCCAUCAUGAACUCGAAAGUCGACCAUCCCGUCGAGCCAGCUGUGCCUGUAAAGGUCGAGCAAACCGAAGAUUUAGUGGCUCCAGCCUCAGCAACCGCCCCCUCCAUACCCCCCUCCCCAAACAAACCUGCUCUCCAACCCGAGUCUCCUGGAUUGAAGAGGCGGCAGUCUCAAGGCACUGCACAGUCUAUACCUACGACCACCCAAACCAUACGCACGAAGCGACCCAGAUCGGAUCAGGAGCCGAAAGUUCUACCUGCCAAAUAUGAGUUCUGUGCUGUGGAAGAUAUGGUCGUAUUGAUCGCGAACAUGAUACAGGAACUCAUUACAACAAAUGAUAGACUCCCGCUUCAAAGUGGCGUGCUCACGCGGUUCCAUUCAAGGACGCCCCCUGGUAUAUCCGUAUUGGACUACUUGCAAAGGCUUGCUAAACACGCUACUCUCACACCUCCGCUACUACUAUCAAUGGUUUACUACAUUGAUAGGCUCUGCUUGCUCUACCCAGCGUUCACAGUCACGACCCUGACGGUCCAUCGAUUUCUGAUAACCGCCGCAACAGUGGCUGCCAAAGGCCUUUCUGACUCUUUUUGGAACAACGCUACAUAUGCUAGAGUGGGGGGAAUCAAGAUUGCAGAGCUUGGUUUACUGGAACUAGAUUUCUUAUACAGGGUUGAUUGGAAAAUUGUACCAAACCCAGAAGCACUGGUUGAUUACUAUAAUGGCCUGGUUGAGAGAGCAGAUGGCUACGUGAUCGAGAGUGACUCGAGCUCUAUAGAUGAGGAUGACGACGACGAUGAAGAUAGUAAUGACUUGGACGGGUCAAGAUCCAGCCCAGAUGACAAGGCUGAGAUCUCGCCAGAAUCCACAACAGAUACGAAGUGGAAGGCGUGGAUGGAUGACGUAUCUACGAUUAAGGACGAGCCUCUUGAGGAAAAGUCCCUUCAUUCAGAAGGGAGCUCCUCUUGAACUAAAAGGAGCUGUUUAUGAGGCGGAGGACGACUUAUACCCACUUCGAUUUUCUUUGGUAGCAUAAGGAGGAUAUUGGCGUUUUGUUAUUGGGGGAACUUCAUACCAAGGAUGGUCAGAUUCAAGAUAAUCAGUGAUCCAUAGAUGAGAAGCGAUUUUUAGGGAGGGCAGGACAUCAUGGGGGAUUCAAGGCCUCACGUGACCAAGAAUACAGCUGAAUUCAA